GUUGUAGUCUCCUCAUCGUAUGGACCUCAGACAUUAUGGGGAACACAAAGACUAAAAUCAAAGGCACAGAACAGGUGGACGGGGCAGAGCUGCGGCAGACGAGGAAUAACCUACAGUCUCCGUAUCGUCCUGCUACUGCUGAUGCCAAGAAGAAGAAGAAGGCAUCACCACAGUUCCUGGAUGGAUCCAAGGUCGAUGUUCUCAACUCAUGGGUUUCAAAGCAUAUUAAGAAGAAAGAAUGUGUGGCUUUUACCCCCAGGUCAACGGGAGAGGAAGACAUCUGUGGCUGUGGUCACACCAGAGAACGGCAUUUCCAUGUUUUGGAAAUGAAAGUGGCACCUGGAACCUCAUGGGACCCUCAGAAACAUGUCAAAGAAUUUCCUAGUGAUUCUCACGGGGACAUGACUUUCUCUGGAACCACAAGAACCUGGGCAAAGUAUGUGCGCGCCUCAUGUGACACGAACCCCAGUGUGUUAUUUGAACUUAUGACACAGCAAUGGGGGCUCAGCGUGCCCAGCCUGCUGAUAUCUGUGACCGGAGGAGCGAAGAACUUCAACAUAAGCCCAAGACUGAAGAACGAGUUUAGCUGGGGUCUGGUGAAAGCAGCACAGAGUACAGGUGCCUGGAUCAUCACUGGAGGGUCUCAUGCUGGGGUCAUGAAGCAUGUGGGAGAGGCCAUACGAGAUUUCAGUGGCAACCAUCAAGAGAUUGUCCUAAUUGGAAUUGCAACCUGGGGCAUUGUCCACAACAGAGAAUACCUGCUGAGUGAAGCGGGUGGAGCUCCAGCCAUGUACCCAAUGGAUGAAGGAUCUCAGGGAGCAUUGUGCUGUCUGGAUAACAACCACACACACUUCAUCCUGGUGGACAAUGGGACACAUGGAACGUACGGGGUGGAAAUUCCUCUGAGAACUCGACUGGAGAGAUAUGUUUCCCAACAAACCAUGUAUAAAGGAGGUGAGGCAUUAAAGAUCCCGAAUGUGUGUGUGGUGCUGGAAGGAGGCCCUGGAACCCUGGAUACGAUCUACAAUUCCAUGUGCAAUAACACACCAUGUGUCAUCGUGGAGGGGUCUGGGCGUGUUGCUGACAUCAUCGCACAAGUGGCAAAUCUUGGUUCUUCGAAGAUUACCAUAUCUCUUAUCAAGGACAAGCUGAGGAACCUCUUCCAGGACACUUAUGAGAAUUUCACAGAAGCUCAGAUCAUCACGUGGACCAAGAAGAUUCAAGACAUUGUGCGAAUGGAGUCUCUGCUCACCAUCCUGAGGGAAGAGAAAGUAGGAGAUCAGGAAGGAAUGGACGUAGCUAUCCUGCAGGCUUUACUAAAGGCAUCUCACAGUGCUGACAACUUUGGACAAGAAAACUGGUACCAUCAGCUGAGGCUCGCUGUGUCCUGGAAUCGGCCAGAUAUUGCUGAGACACAGAUCUUUACUGAUGACUGGACUUGGAAACCCUCAGAUCUGUACCCUUGCCUGACGGUGUCCUUAAUUGAGGAUAAACCUCUCUUUGUCCGCCUUUUCUUGGAGCGUGGAGUCAGUUUGUUAGAAUACGUCACUUGGGAAACUCUAACAUACUUGUACAAUAACACGGACCCUUCCAGUCUGAUUCACAGCAAGCUGGAGAAAAUGGCAACUGGGGAAGUAUCAAGGCAACAAGUUGAAACCACCAUUAGCAUGCACCAUGUGUCCCUUGUCCUGCAAGAGCUUCUAGGAGACAUUACUGAACUCUUGUAUCGUGAAGAAAAGCAUCCCAAAAUCCGAGGUCAUGUAAACAUGAAGAUGAAUGGCAAAGUGUCUGUGAUGAGAAAACUCAAGAAGACUCAUCAGCUGAAGCAUCCUGUGCGCGAUCUUCUUAUAUGGUGCAUUGUUCAGAAUCGGGCAGAACUUGCAGAUAUAAUCUGGAGCUUGUGUCAGGACUGUGUAGCUGGGGCUUUGGCUUGCACCAAGAUCCUGAAGGCCCUUUCUAAAGAAGAGGAGGAUCCUGAGACCAGAGGACAGUUGAAUGUCUUGGCCGAUGUCUAUGAGGAGCGGGCUGGAGGAAUCUUUUCUGAAUGUUCUCGAUAUGAUGAAAAGCGAGCAGAACUUCUCUUGAUCCGAAUGUCUUCACAAUGGGGUAAAACCACCGCCCUAGAACUUGCUCAGGAAUCCAAAGCUCAGAACUUCAUGUCUCUUGGAGGAGUGCAGAUGUUCCUCAUGAAGACGUGGUGGGGGCGGCUGUCGGUGGACAAUGGUUUUAUCCAGAUAAUUCUAUGUAUGUUACUAUUCCCACUCAUCUACAGUGGUCUCGUCACAUUCAGGAGAGGAUAUGUGUCGGGCUCCUCUGGGAUUGAAGGAGGCAUAAGUGAGCGUCAGAGCAUGAGACUCCGGCCUGAGCAGAGGAACAACAGAGCACGUCAUAGCUAUGGACCUAAACCGUACAGCUGUCUCUGGAAAUUCAUGGCUUUCUUUAACGCCCCAAUAGUCAAGUUCUACUACAACGUGGUAUCAUACAUUGGCUUCCUUUGGCUUUUUGCUUAUGUCUUGAUGAUUGAUUUCCAGGACACACCAUCCUGGAGGGAGUACAUAUUGUAUGCCUGGGUUUUCACCAUCUUGACUGAGGAGUUGCGGCAGUUACUUUAUGAUCCAAAUCACCACGGAUUUGUGUUAAAAUCUAUCCAGUACAUCUCCGAGUUUUGGAACCAGGUGGACACAGUGGCAUUGCUGUUAUUUAUCGUAGGGCUGAUCAGCAGAUUAGUUAGCCUAAACACCGUCUACUUGGGUCGUGUAUUCCUGGCUCUGGACUUCAUGAUAUUCUGCAUUCGAUUCAUGCACAUAUUCAUUGUCAGCAAAGUUCUAGGUCCAAAGAUCAUUAUUCUUCGUCGAAUGGUAAUGGACAUCUUCUUCUUCCUCUUUCUUUUGGCUAUCUGGAUCGUAUCCUAUGGAGUUGCUAAACAGGCAAUUCUGAUCCACAAUGAAGAACGCUUGCACUGGAUCUUUCGAAAUGUUGUCUAUGAGCCAUACCUCACCCUGUUUGGACAAAUUCCAACCGAUGUGGACAGUUUAAACUUUGACCCAAGUAAAUGUACCGAGGACGGCACUAACUACACCUUGCCGAAAUGUGUCGACAAUGAUGGAAAUGGCAAUCCUGUGUUCCCGGAGUGGCUGACCAUCAUACUGUUGUGCUUGUAUCUGCUGCUGGCAAAUGUUCUUCUGCUCAAUCUUCUCAUUGCCAUGUUCAGCUUCACCUUCGCAGAGAUUGAAAGUCAUGCGGAUCAGGUCUGGAGGUUCCAGCGCUUCGGUCUGAUAAAAGAAUAUAAUGAACGACCAGCAGCUCCUCCCCCGCUCAUCAUCUUCUCCCACAUCUACAUGCUCAUCAAGUAUCUCAUCUGCAGACGUCCAGCGCGGAGCCACAAGGUGCUGAGAUGUUUGGUAGAUGAAGACCAAGAUUUAACACUGAUCUCCUGGGAAUCCUACAUGAAGGACAGUUAUCAGCAAAUGCAUCAACAGCAAAGUGGUCAGAGCCAAGAGCAACUGGUGAAGAAAACUGCAGAGAGUGUCUCUGCGAUGGUACGCCUAUUUAAUGUGGAGAAAGGAAGUGUGGGCCACCAGCUGGAAAAAAGGCUGUCCAUGCUGGAGGAGCAGAUGGAUAAGUCCGCACAGUACCUCCACUGGAUUAUUGCUGCCCUGACUGAGAAAGGUUUCAGCAGUAAAACCCGGAUUUUAGUGCACAGCAACUCUACAGAGUCUGAGGUGAAGACAACACCGGCCACCAAUGGAGAGAAGAAGUGUCUGUACCACGUGAACUCCAGGAUCCUGCAGUAUCCCGACUUUGGAGCAGCUCGUCAGCCGGUGCCAGAUGAACUUGUGCCAUGGGAGGUGGAGUUCCCUGACUACAAUCCUCCACUCUAUAAUGCAGAGAGAUAUGACCGGGGAACAUACAACCCAGCACAAGAAAUGCAGCAGCAGAAGAGGAAAUACAAUGGUGUGGACGGACUACUGGAUUUCCGCAGCUGCCUGGGAACAUAUCAAGUGGAGAACGGACUCCCCCUGAAUCCAAUGGGAAGAACCGGACUGAGAGGAGUUGGGAGUCUGCGCUGGUUUGGACCUAAUCACUCCCUGCACCCAGUACUGACCCGGUGGAGUAGAAACAAAGAGGGUGGUCUUAAUAAGAAGAUGUCCCGGAGAACGCUGGAGGUCCUGGUUGUGAAGAUGAGGGGUAAUGAGCUGUGGGCACUGCCAGGGGGGACUCUUGAACCUGGGGAACAGGUUCCGCUUAAGUUCCAAGUCCUCCUCAAUCGUGGAUAUCUGAGUGAGUUCUUGGCCUUGCUUGGUGCUGGGACGGAGAUUUUCCAUGGUUACCUGGAUGAUCCACGAAACACGGAUAAUGCUUGGAUCGAGACCUUGGCCAUUAAUAUUCACUUUGACACUCAAGAAUCUAACAACAGAUUUAUUCAGAACUUAAAAGAGUCUGAUUUUGAGGUGUCACUCCGGUGGCAGCUCCUGGACCACAAGAUCCCCCUAUAUGCCAACGAGAAGGAGAUCCUUCAGAGGACAGCAGAGCAUCUGAACGCUCACUACUGAGUGACAAGUCAGUCCCUCUCAGAACUUAUGGGCACCUCAAUUAUAGCCUGAACACAAAGUGAAUCAGGGACUGAGGACACAAGCGGCCAAAGAACCAAAAAGACCCAUAGCUGCACUUACAGGAAACCUAAAGGAACCACAAAGACUAAAGAUCACAGGAGAAGCUGCCGUCACCUUAAGAAAUGACCAGCACUGAACCCUCCUGCUACAAACACAAUCGGCCAUAGACUCGCUCAUCUGAAGAAAAGAGACAGAACCUACUGGAAAAUGUAGACCCGGACAGUUCUCUAGUGGCGUGAUGAUACCACAACCUUCCACUCAAAGAAUCCCAGUAUUAUAACACAAUGGUGGGAAGUAAUGACCACCAUCACAUGUAGAGUCAGAAUAAACAAAAGGAGGCCACCCACCAUGUGCCACAUAUAAUAACAGGGUGGUUUUUUGUGUGGCAAAUCUUUGUGACCCCCCCAGAACAUUGUGACCCCCCCCAGUACAUUUGUAGUGUUACAAGACAUGACCAGUCCUCCCAGUAUUAUAAUACUAGAGUAGGCUGUAAUGGGGAAGAGUGAAAUUCUUGAAAUUCGUUUCAUGUCCAAUUUGUCAAAUUUUUGAAAACCUUAGCUUUAUAUCUGAAUUGAUUCUAUGUAAAUCGAAGUUAAUCCAAUUGCCCUGAAACUUGGUAUAAACCUCCUUCUGGUCUCCUUUUUAUGAAAACAUGUCAUCUUUUUUUGUAAAUUGUUUACAGAUUUUUGUGCUUUUUCUCUCUACCCUUCCCUUUUAAACUCCUGAAUGCAAUGACACUUACAUACAGAGCCAUGGGUAAACACAGGGGUGACUGCAUUAACGAAUAGCGUGUUUAAUAUCCUGCUGCGACAUCACACGUGCUCUGCUUCUUCAUAUUUCAUUAUAUGGGGCAAAUGGUGUUUAAACACACGGUGUUAUGCAAAAAAACUGGAUUGUUGGGACCAAGUGUCCAAAAAUUAGGCCUCAACGAGGGCAGAAUCCUCUUUAUACACACACGUUAAUCUCACAAGAAAAAGCGGCUUGUUCUGCACAAGCAUCAAAAAAUAAAGCCUUAAUGGGGGCAGGAUGACUGCCUGUAUUUAUACACGCACAAGCGUUGUCAGAAGAAACAGUGUCUUGUUCUGAACAAGCCUUGAAGAAUUCUCCCUUUCAGUUUAAAGUAGCAGUACAGUGUGGAUGUGGAAAGGGUAGGGUAAUAGUGGCAUGUGGCUGCAGCAGUAGCAGCCAAAAAAUAAGUAGAAUAAGCCACGGCACUCCAAAUGGAUCCAAUUAACUUCUUUAUUACACCUUGUGCAGCAACGUUCCAACCAAAGGUCUUUAUCAAGCUCCCAGUACACAAAUGACAUAGUGACCAUUAAAUACUAUCCCAUGGCCUCGCAUUGGUUACAGCUGAGCCCUACCCAUUAACCCCCUACAUACUUCCUAGAAUCUUAUACAUAUUAUAGCAUCACCAUUAUCCUUCCCCUAUAACAUACUUUUGCAUGCUGCGCCGCCAUGCUGCAGGAGACUCCGUCUGACCCUCUUCGCUCAGGUGUGUCCAAAUAUUCGCGCGCUGAUCAGUGAAACCUCGGCGUCCCUAGGUUCAAUCUGCGCGUGCGCGAUGUCCUCACUUCCGCCCUUCUAUGCGCACUUCCGCCAGGUUAUGCGCUUUUAUGCCCCGAAAUUCCGGUUCACAUGACUCUACCGCUCCAGUGACGUAAUGUCACCUGAUCCUGCAUCGGUCUCACGGCAACACCUAUGUAGUAGCAUAGCAUCACCUGACCUUCCGUUAUCAUGCUGCAGGACGCUAAAGCGCAGUGACGUCAGAUAUUGAGACAACCUCUAGACGGAGUCUCUCGGUUAAGUGAUGUAGGCGGCCUGGUGCACACCAUAGAAGGACAUUUAGAGUUAGACAGCCAUAUAUUAGAUGCAUCACCUGACCUUCCGUUAUCAUGCUGCAGGACGCUAAAGCGCAGUGACGUCAGAUAUAGAGACAACCUCUAGGCGGGGUCUCUCGGUUAAGUGAUGUAGGCGGCCUGGUGCACACCAUAGAAGGACAUUUAGAGUUAGACAGCCAUAUAUUAGAUGCAUCACCUGACCUUCCGUUAUCAUGCUGCAGGAUGCUAAAGCGCAGUGACGUCAGAUAUAGAGACAACCUCUAGGUGGGGUCUCGGUUAAGUGAUGUAGGCGGCCUGGUGCACACCAUAGAAGGACAUUUAGAGUUAGACAGCCAUAUAUUAUAUAUAUACAAUAUUAUUCACAAGAUACUGCAACGAAGGGAUCCAACGUGACAUCCUUUUAGGGGUACAUCCAUCACAGCUUCAGUGGAGCCAUAGAGUGAAUUGCAUGGUGUUUAUUCAAAAGGCUGUUCUAGCAGGUCCUCCACCAUUCAUCCAGUGGCUGGUGUAUAGAGCAAGCGUUCCGGGGGUAGUGAGCCCUCAGUCCACAAGCCCAUCCAGGGGGAGUGUGUGGGGUUACCCUCCUCUGACUGGAUAGGUCCUCCUCAUUCCCCCAUACCCUCCUAACACUUGUGGUUAGAGCCGCUAUAUCAGUAUCCAGCUCCAUUUCACUGCAUUGACAUUAGUCUUAUCCCCAAGAUAUGAGAACUAGAUCCCUAUGAUUACAGUCUCCAUGCACUAUCUGUAUUGUUUCUGGUGCGGACCUCGGCAACCUCUCAUCACCAUCCAGAGACUUACAUGGUAGGUUCUCCUACUCCGCUGAUUAGCUGUAGAUCUCCCAGAUACGGUUCUCCCACAGUAUGUGCUGCUGCAUCUAGGGACAAGGAAAAAAGAUAAAAAGAUAAACUGAUUACAUAAAAAUGGAGAUGCCAAAAAUAAACUGGAGGGUUAAAUAUUAUACAUAUAUAAAAAACAGGGUUAAUAGAAGGGGAGGACUAGCAAUGGUUGAUGCAUAGGAUUGAACGAUGCGGCGCUAGGGUCCGGAGAGGUAGGUGGGCGGUGCCAAUACUUUGAGAUCAGGUGACCGAUGACGCGACGGAACAUGACUGACUAUUGGCCGGGUACUGACUGGGCACGCCCCCCUAUGCAAGGAGUAGUUGAUCGGCUCAAUUAGGGAAAGCUUAAUGGAUGUGUUCGGAUUGGCUGAACCUAGAUGUCAGGGGUAUAUAGGAGGCCAGUAUGGAGGAAGUCAGUAUGCCCCAAGAGGAAGCAAUUCAGCGAAACGAUCGUCGGGCGGCUGCUUCAGACCAGGGUCAGUAGGUAUAAAUUGCACUUGCACUUUAAAUUGUGAUCUUUUUCCCCCGUUCCUUUUGCAGUCCCUGCCCAGUGUUGGCUGCACCCAGGCUCACACUCCUUUAAUGUUUGGAGUGUUCAUGUCCUGGGUGCUAUUACCACUAUAGGUGCCCCACUGGGCGGAUACUGCUCUAUAUUUGUGUAUGGGGGGAUACUAGUCCCUUAUUGCUUUGGAGCUUACUCUGUUUUUAUACAAAUUAUUUGUAACACCGUAGUGUUCCCAUUAUGUGCUGUUUUUGUAUAUGUUUUAAUUGAUAUACCAUUCAAUGUUUUUGGAUAUCCAAUAAAGGAAAUAAUUAAUUAAUAA